GUCAGGUCACAGUUGGGGCCCCCUGCUCCCACUGCAAUGCGCAUGCUCCUGUUGAGCGUUUCGAGUCCAAUACGGCGGCGCUGCUCGGAGUUGUUUAAUUUUGAUUUCCAGUUUAAGUUUUUUCUUUCUCUAGCAGACACGAUGGCGGGCACUGCGCUGAAGCGGCUCAUGGCCGAAUAUAAACAACUCACUCUGAACCCACCUGAAGGCAUUGUUGCAGGUCCAGCCAACGAGGAGAACUUUUUUGAAUGGGAGGCACUCAUCAUGGGUCCUGAAGACACGUGUUUUGAAGGAGGUGUGUUUCCUGCCGUCCUUAGUUUCCCAUCUGAUUAUCCUCUCAGUCCUCCGAAGAUGAGGUUCACAUGUGACAUGUUUCACCCCAACAUCUACCCUGAUGGCAGAGUGUGCAUCUCCAUCCUCCAUGCCCCAGGGGACGAUCCAAUGGGUUAUGAGAGCAGUGCAGAAAGGUGGAGCCCAGUCCAGAGUGUGGAGAAGAUCCUGUUGUCUGUGGUCAGCAUGUUGGCAGAGCCCAAUGAUGAGAGCGGCGCCAACGUCGAUGCGUCUAAGAUGUGGCGGGAGGACAGAGACCAGUUCUACAGACUGGCUCAGAAGAUCGUCAGGAAGUCUCUGGGCUUGUAGAGAUGAAGUCAUCACCCUGCUGUGUGUGUGUGCGUGCGUGCGUGUGUGUGUACGUGCGUGUGUGUGUGUGUGUGCGUGUGUGUGGUGACAGAUCUAAGUUUAUCUGAGGACUUUUUGCACUUUAACCUGCUGUUUGUAUUUCUCUGGUUCUGGGUGGGUUUGGGUCAGCUGGUGGAAGUCAGCUGUGAGGUUUUAAACAUGAAAUCAUAACGAUCAGCUGAUUGAUUUCUGAACGGCUUCACUUUGACUCUGAUUGUAAAUGACCUGAUUAAAGAAACUUCCCAGCGAUCCUGAA